CGUAUAACUUUUUUUCUCCAAAAGAGAAAAUGUAGGUCAUUUGGUAUUUUCGACUAGCCUUGAAAAUACAAAACAUGCGUUUCCCCAUUGCGUAGUAGUAGACGAGCACAAAGUUUGAUUUUAGUGUGCAUAACACAAAGUUACAGUCUACACUUAAAUAUAUUUUACUUCUCUCUGCUAACAAGAUAUUUAUAUAAAAAAAAGUGGAAACUCUAAAAAAAUGUAUUAUUUAUCCAACUUAUAAAUAAAAAAAAAAAAAAACAUGUAAGAGAAGAAGAUAAAAUUUAUUUCAAGAAGAACAUUAAGUUAAGAAUAUUUUACAAUUUAAAAACAUUGCGAAUAUGUCAACAAAUCAAGAAAAAACAUCAUCAAUGAAAAACACUUCAAACAAUGUUAACAACUAUCCAAUCAUUGGAUUUUUACCAGCAUAUUUACCAAAAGAAUUUUCAAACAGUGAUAGUUCGUCUUCUUCAACUUCAAAACCUUUAAUAAAAAUAAAAGUCGAUCCUCCUCCUUCUAUUUCAAAUGAUGUGAAAAAACCAAUGCACUCUAAAAAUUUUCCAUCAAUAUAUAGUAUAUUUAAAAAUAAUCAAUGUGAACUUAAAGCAACAGCACCAACAAUUGAAGAAAUUAAUUCUUAUACGGUAAUUAAGAUGCCUGAUAAAAAUGAUGUUUUAAAAGAAUUCACAAAAUUAAUAAAUAAUAAAGAAAAAAUUAACAGUAAUCUUGAAUUUGAAGAAGCUGAGAAAAAUAUUAUUGAAUUAUUAUCGAAUAAAAAAACACAAUUAACAAUAGAGGAGAAGAAUGGAUUUUUAGUGAAAUUAAAUAAUAUUAGAGCGGAGAGAAAAAAUUUUUUAAAAAAAAGACAAAGAAAGAAAGUUAAAGAUUCAUGUUAUACAACGACAAUUUUUCAGUCCAUUUUAAUUGUUGUUCAUAUAAUUCUGUUUUAUUUUUGUAUUUUAUACAAAGAUGAUAUUCAUAAUGUAAAUUUAAUUCAAUUCAUCGUUUUCUCAUUUCUCGUAACUGUGGCUUUAAUAAUGCUGUAUGCAUUAUUUAUGACCGAAAAAUUAUAUUACGUUUUGGACAUAUUAUUCAGUUCUGCAUUCAGUUGUACUUACCUAUUUAUUUUUCCACCAGGAGUUGGAAAUGCUUUAAUACUGCUUGUAAUGUACCUUUUGGGAUUUAUAUUUCUAAUGGAAAUAUUAACUAAAAUUUAUUCGAUGGCUACAAAAAGUGCCUCAAGCGAUAAUUUUACUUCUCAAGUGCCUUUGAAGAAGUCUUCUAAAACAGAUAAUAAUUCUCAUAAAAAAUUGUAUACUUCUGUUCAUUAUCGUUCAGGAUCGAAUGGAAAUUCAAAUUCUUACACGAAUUUUCAUCAAACUAGUCAUAUAUUUCAUAAUCAUUAUUCUUCAUCACCAGUUAUGAAUGUUGAUGAAUUAUUUUUUGAAGGAACAAAUGACGGAGACAACAAUGACUAUCAAGAUGAUAAUAAUUGUGAAGAUAAUAAUCAAGAUAAUAAUCAAGAUAAUAAUGGAGAAAAUUUUUAUAAUGAAAAUUAUAGUAAUACAUGUAAUGCCGCUGAUUAUGAUAAUUAUGACAAUGGAGGAGACUAUGGAUGUCAAGAUACUGAUUGCUGUGACGAAUAACAAGUUAAUUAUUGAUAUUUUAUACUAUAUAACAGGCUUCGUACUAUUAUCCAUACUAAAACUCCUUUUUUUUUUUUAAUUUGUGACACUAAAAGAUACUUUUUUUCUUUAUUAAUAUAUGAAAAUUCACAUUACUUUAAAUUCGCUAAUAUAUAG